GUUCCGAUUACCAAAGAGAAUGAAUUUGAUGUUUCAAAGCAAAAAGAAAUUGUUGAAAAGUAUCAAUGCGUUAAGGAGUUAAGAGAUUUAGUAGAAUUAGAAAAAAGAAAAAUCAAUGACUUGGUGGUAGAUAUAGAAGAAGAGAAAUUUGGAUCUAGUUAUCAAAUAGUUACCAUAGACAAGAUUUUUGAUUUAUCAAUAAAGACAAAUAGCAGCAAACUUACUAAAUCUUUUGUAAAUAAUCAUCAGGGCGAAAUACCGGUUUAUGGAGCUUCCAAAGACGAGAAUGCCACUUAUGGAAAAAUAGAAGAUAAUUUGCCUAACAUAAAUUUAUCAGAAAAAGUAAUUCCAUUAAUUUUUAGAGAUACUUAUAAAAAAAGCUUAGACUUGUUUUAUUUGAAAUACACCAUCGAAAAAGAAUUGGCCAAGCAGAACUUUGGAUUUUCUAACAAGGCUGGAAAGGAUAAAAUAAAAAACAUUGAGAUCAAAAUUCCAAUUACUUUCUACAAAAAAUUUGACUUAGUAAAACAAAGAGAAAUUGCUGAAAAAUAUAAGCAGAUUGAAGAAAUUAAGAAAAACAUAAAAACAGAGUUAGAAAAAAUUGAAAACAUUAAAGUUGAUAUUGAAUUGCGACAUCCCGAGUCCGAAUACCAGGAUUUAUAUUUGCUGCGGGGCAAAAGAAGGAAAGACCGAUAUGUUUAUGUAUCACCGGAAAUAGCCGCCAUACUGCAAAGCCGUAACUGGCAGCCUAAUCAGACUAAUCGUCGGGAUUUUUGGGAGUUUUUGCGUCGGGUUCGGCACGAUCUACAAAUUAGUCCUCAUACCGAAUUAGCCCCCCAUACUCUCCGCCGCUGUUUUGCUACUUAUAACCUUCUAGCCGGCAUGCCACUCAACAUUUUGCAAAAAGUUUUAGGACACA